UAAUUUUUUGACUCUACGUCGUCGUCCAAAGUCUUCACUCGCACCAGAAACGUGGAAAAAAAAAAAAAACCGAAUUUUAUUUUCUCGGUGUUUCUCGAGCAACACUCGCAUAUUGCAAUCGAGUUCAGACAAGAAGUGAUUUUCAACAAUCAACGCUCCAAUUCAGACAAGGAGUAAGUUUGUGCCUUUUUUUUGUGUCAGAUCCUUUUGAGUUUGGUCCUAGUGUCGAGGCGGAGAUCUCGACGAUGAAGCAACACAAGCAGAACCACCUCCUCUGUUUCCUCCUUCCAUGUCUGCUCCUCUCCGUACCCUUCUGCUCCGAGGCUCGAUUCGUGGUGGAGAAGAACAGCUUAUCGGUGACUUCCCCGGAGAGCAUAAAGGGGACUCACGACAGCGCAAUUGGAAACUUCGGGAUCCCUCAGUACGGCGGAAGCAUGGCCGGCACCGUAAUUUAUCCAAAGGAGAAUCAGAAAUCGUGCAAAGAGUUCAGCGAUUUCUCUAUUUCUUUCAAGUCGCAGCCUGGUGCUCUCCCUACCUUCCUCUUGGUUGAUCGUGGAGAUUGCUUUUUCGCAUUAAAGGUCUGGAACGCACAAAAAGCCGGUGCUUCCGCUGUUCUCGUAGCAGACAAUGUUGAUGAGCCUCUGAUCACUAUGGACACACCAGAAGAGGAUGUUUCAUCAGCCAAAUACAUCGAGAACAUCACCAUACCUUCUGCUCUCGUCACAAAAACUUUCGGCGAGAAGCUGAAGAAAGCAAUCAGCGGAGGUGACAUGGUGAACUUGAACCUCGACUGGAGAGAAGCCGUCCCUCACCCUGACGCCCGCGUCGAGUACGAGCUCUGGACCAACAGCAACGACGAGUGCGGGGUCAAGUGCGACAUGCUGAUGGAGUUUGUCAAAGAUUUCAAAGGCGCCGCGCAGAUUCUCGAGAAAGGCGGGUACACGCAGUUUAGGCCUCAUUACAUCACUUGGUAUUGUCCUCACGCCUUCACGUUGAGUCGGCAGUGUAAGUCUCAGUGUAUCAACAAGGGGAGGUACUGCGCUCCUGAUCCGGAGCAGGACUUUAGCUCCGGGUACGAUGGAAAAGACGUUGUUGUGGAGAAUUUGAGACAGCUUUGCGUUUACAAGGUGGCGAAUGAGACCGGGAAACCGUGGGUUUGGUGGGAUUACGUCACUGAUUUUCAGAUUAGAUGUCCCAUGAAGGAGAAGAAGUACAACAAAGAGUGUGCUGAUUCUGUUAUCAAAUCUCUUGGAAUUGAUAGUAGAAAACUAGACAAGUGUAUGGGAGACCCUGAUGCUGACUCGGACAAUCCGGUUCUAAAGGAAGAACAAGAUGCUCAAGUUGGCAAGGGUUCAAGGGGUGAUGUUACCAUAUUACCUACAUUGGUUGUCAACAACAGACAGUACCGAGGCAAGUUGGAGAAGAGUGCUGUACUGAAGGCCCUAUGUUCUGGUUUUGAGGAGACGACUGAACCAGCUAUAUGCCUGAGCACAGAGAUGGAGUCAAACGAGUGCUUAGAUAACAAUGGCGGUUGUUGGCAAGAUAAAUCAGCCAACAUAACUGCUUGCAAGGAUACUUUCCGAGGAAGAGUAUGCGAGUGUCCUCUAGUAGAUGGUGUGAAAUUCAAAGGGGAUGGAUACAGCCACUGUGAACCAAGCGGGCCAGGGAGAUGCACGAUCAACAAUGGAGGUUGUUGGCAUGAAGAGAGAGAUGGACAUGUUUUCUCUGCUUGUGUGGACAAGGACAGUGUUAAGUGCGAGUGUCCACCAGGAUUCAAAGGAGACGGUGUUAAGAAGUGUGAAGACAUUAAUGAGUGCAAAGAGAAGAAAGCUUGUCAGUGCCCGGAAUGUAGCUGUAAGAAUACUUGGGGAAGCUAUGAGUGCUCUUGUAGCGGUGACCUUCUCUACAUCAGAGAUCACGACACUUGCAUCAGCAAGAUUGGUUCACAAGUGAAGUCAGCGUGGACGGCCGUUUGGCUUAUAAUGUUAUCAUUGGGACUUGCAGCUGGUGGGGCGUACCUCGUUUACAAACAUAGACUACGGCAAUACAUGGACUCAGAGAUAAGAGCCAUAAUGGCACAGUACAUGCCACUGGACAACCAACCCGAGGUCCCAAACCACGUGAAUGAUGAACGCGCCUGAGAGAGUGGCACGGUCCCAUCUAUUUAUUCCUCGUUGUGGCCCUUGAUGCCUUUGUAUCUCUGUAACUCUACCAAAUAGUGUAUUUGCUGAAACAGGUUUGGAAAAUUUCAAUGGUUUUAUACUUUUUGUAACGCAUACUUGUGUGUCUUACUAUUUCCACUUGUGUCCAUGGGACUUGUGUACUACUGAAACUUUUAUUUAGCUUCGUGGAACUAGAAAAGAAAGAAUAUAAUUUAAAGUUCGAUUUU